CACGCCCCACUCCUGAUGGGCGUGACGCCCUUUCGCUUGAGUGCAAUGCAAGCCAAAGAAGUAAAAACUCGAAAAUAAUAGCAAAAGCAACUGCAGAUAUUCUAUAAAAGCCGAAGCUAACGAGAUUUGAUGAAUUGCAAGUCUUUGUGAAUAGAAGCUGCAAGAAAACUGUGCGUGAAUAGCAUCUCCAAUCCUCCACCCCAAAGCAGCCAAAUCCGUAGCGCAAAAAAAAAUCCCAUUAAGUGGUUUAAGCCAGUGAAAGAGCGCACAACAAGCAACAGCAUCGAGAAAUUCAGUUGACAUAAAGGAAGCCCAACGAACUAAAGCCAACAUCUACGCCAACGCUAACCCGUUCCCAGCCAACAAACAGGCGGACGGGCAUUCAGACAGUCAGCCAGACUAGCGGAGAGACGGACACUUAACUGGAUGAGCACAAAGCAUCUCGACGAAUUACUUGGCUGUUGCUGCUGGACGAACAUAAAUGUUGGGGAGGCAUCUUAAGAGUAUAACAACGAAAUUUAAUUUGACCAACGGUUUCCCGCAUCAAGACAGGAUUUAUUUAUGACUUACUUUCAAGCAGGUGCUAUAGUUGAAGUUUCAAGUCAGUCAAUUAUAGUAAGGGAGGCGGAGUCAAAGGUGGACGUUUAACAAAUGGUACACACAGCAGUUACACAUAGAAACUAAGAUUCGAUGAUGGAGCGACUCUCAUUUGCAGCACUCGGCUUGGCCAUAUUGCUGCACUCAGUAAUGGGCAUCUCGUACUACUUUGUUAAGGCCCGCUGCUCGCCGGCCCCCCUACUGGGCAGCUGGCUGUUCAUCGCUUGCAUUGGGGCCGUCCUACACAGUGUGCAUAUAUUUCCACAGUGGUGCCGCAACUGUUCUGCACUAUGUCGCCUGAUCAUGGAGACGGCCAUAUGCUGCUUGACGCUGGACGUAAUGCUGAGCAAGUUUUGGUGUCGCAUCGAAUCAGUGUGCCACUGUGCCAUUGUUGGCAUUCUCGGGCUUCUGGUCACAGAGAAGUGCACCUUUGAUUCCUGGGAAUAUUGGCUGCUUGGCGUGACCACCAGCAUAAUUGGGGGCUGUCUGCUCUGGCUUACGCUCUGGGCGACUGCAUUGACCAGCAAGAUGCGUCUGGACUAUUCCAAUUGGCAGCACAAAGUCUCACAUUUAGUUAGACAAACUAUUUACCAUUUUGUUUUCGGCCCAAUGGAUCUCCAGUCGACUAAAGUGCAAAAUUCAGAGGAGUGUGAGCAGAGUUUUGCCAGCUGAGCAACGCUUCCACGAUACUAAAUGCCAAUUUUAUUUAUGGCCUAAAUAUUAUUAAAAAUGAUUUGAACACUCAUCCAAACUGAAAUGAAAUUUUAUGACAAAUGAAUCUCAUUAACCAUGAAGCUUUCAGCUGGAGUCUCAUUUUGGUCGCUGUGGCAAAUUUUGAAGAAAAUUAUAAAAACAAAUAUAUACAUUUUAUAUAAUGGAAAUUCUAAUUGACAGCUAGUUCAAUUUUAUGACGACCUUGGAUUGAUUUCCCGACGAUCGAGCAAAACAUUCGGAAAGCAUUUCUUUAAAGCUUUAAGCCAAUUUGUGCACCGAUGCAGUUACAAAGAAACCCGUUUGGCCGUAUCAUGGCCAUGUGGCAAUGCGGAAGACAUCCGCUGUGAGCGCCUAAUUGUGGGCUGGGGCACAGCUCCUCUCGUCGCGUUUCGGAAGACGGAACCAAAAACCAAAAAGACAGAAUGCGGUUGCUGGGUCUACUGCACUUCACCAUACUCUUUAUUAAUCUUGAAGUGAUUGCAAAAAAUUGCAUUUGUAUAAUUUA